CAAGCAAUCGAGCGUGGUAAAUAUUGAGUGCAUGCGUCUAACUAGCUUUUCCCAGUCUAACAAUCCCUCUGAGACUUUUAUGGCAAAAGUCACCAACAAAGUCCUUAACACCACCGCCGCCGUUUGUUUCUGUAGCCCAGAGCGUAUUUUUGAAGUUGAAAAAAGUUUUUUCAACUUUCUUUUCCGCUCUGCCUCUUUGUUCAUUCUCUAGAUUGCUCGACUGCUUUGUUUUAUCCAGCAGCGCUCCACAUAGCACUCUUGGACACUGUAGCAGUGGACGGUACAAAAAGACGCUCUUGGCUGCUUUUUGGGACUACAAAAGCUAAAGACGCCACGUGUGAUCAGGGCCGAGCAGGUGACACUGGUAUUCCAGGUGUCUCACUGCCAGACUUACUGGUCUAGUCGGACCUCUGUGAAGUUUCUGCCACUGUGCAGCCGGAUGAAGACGACCCCCCAGCGGAGGUACUGGUUCCACGUCACCAUGUCCACUCUGUAGAUCAGCUCUGCCAGAAGAAAUGACACAAAUUCACCUCCAAUGGCAGCGUGGCCGUGGUGCUGAAGAAGACUUGGGUCUGACCGAGCUGCAGCAGGGUCUCCUUCCAUUGGCUGACAUCGUAACCUGCAGGUUUGCUCCUACAAAUCCAGCCAGGUGAGCUCCCAGACUAACGCCGAUGAGGUGCACUGAAGUCAGAGAGGCUCCUUCCUCCUGCAGACACACAGUAUUAAAAAUCAUUAAAAUCACCGUCAUAUUCAAGGUUUAAAAGUCCAAGGUCUCGAUUAAAAGCUUCACGCUGUCUGACUGGAAAUGCUGGGGUCAACUCUUUGUCUGAGCAUGAGGAUCCCCAGCACAGCCAGGAGUCUGCAGGGCAGCAUCCUUCCUACGACCACAGAGACCUAGAAGGAAACGAUGGGAGGUGAAGACGGAGAGAAGGAGCUCUGAAUGCAGAGUGAAGGAGGGACUGACUGAACGAGGGAGGGAUUGUUGUGAGAGACCCUCCAGACCUCAGUCAACUAAAGCAGCAUCUUCAUCUGGACUUUCUGUUGGCAGCUGUUCUCCCAUCUCCGCGGGGAGUGCACACAGCUACUGUUCUCAGACAUGAAGCUGUCCUGAGACGAGUUUGCUCAGCGGUUUUUUGGUGGAUGUCGCCAUGGCAGCAGCUCUGCCUGUAUUUUACCACGGCGCCAUUUCCAGGACCGAGUGUGAGGAGCUGCUGGGGAAGAAGAACAAGGACGGAGCCUACCUGAUCCGAGACAGCGAGACCAUCCAGGGAGCCAUGUGUCUGUGUGUUUAUAAACAGAAGGUGGUGUAUACCUACAGACUGCUGCAGACACACACUGGAAACUAUACUCUCAUGACAGCGGGAGGUUUGGAUGAGACAUUUUUUAAGAAUUUGGACGACCUGGUCCGUCACUAUAAAAGGAAGAACCAGGGCCUGGCCAUGCACCUUCGUCACUCUGUCAAAAGAAAGACAGCCUUGUUGAUCCAGCCCCCAAAACGUCCUGCUCCACCUGAUCCAAGUGAGGCACAAGAGAAGCAGGCGCCUGUACCCGAAGAAGAUCAUGACUAUGAGAAUGCUCCUGACUCAGAAUACGUCGAAGUGUUGCCUGAUUGAACAACUUUAACACAUUAGGAGAGUGGAAAAGACAUUUUCUCUGAACUAUGGGCACUUAAAAAAGUUCACAGACUGGAUCGAAUUCAGAAUAAUGAAUACGGAACUUGGACAAACGUGCGGAAGAAGAGGGCUCUUCAUCUGCUUGCAUUCCUGUAAUUACGAGUGGAGAGGUUGGUCGCUCAGACCGAAAUAUCUCAACAACUGUUGGAUGGAUUACCGUGAGAUCUGGUUCAGACGUUCGUGAUCCCCAGAGGAUGAACUGUUAUCACUUUGUCUUCAUCUUUUAACAUUAUCUGCUCCAAUCUGCUGCGAUUUGCUAACCGGCACAUGCAUGCCCAGACUGUAUGUGAAUGGUCUGUGAUAUAAGUUAUCGUUUUCAUUUAAAAAACACUGCUUUAAAAUGAAAACGUAUUAGUUUGGAUGUAGCCUUUAAGCUACAUCGCGAAGAUCGGUUUUGUUUCGUUUGGCGUCGCUUACGGCCAUAAUUGCAGGUGUGUUUCUGGAUCUCCAUUGUUGUUGCUUGUGUUGAUUGUGGUGAAGCACCACUAAACCUCAGCGCAGCCUCACAGGGCUGCAGACUCUUGUUCUAGCGAUAAAUAAUAUCUUGUAUUUCUGCUGCUGCUGCUUUGCGGCUGUACAUGUAUCUGGGAGCUAUUUCUGUUCAGCUGAAGAGCAUUAACGGGAUAUUUUUUACACACCAUCGUGUGAAACAUCGGAUUCUGAUUAGAUGCAUGUCAUCAUUUGCAUAUGACCAG